GCUCCACCCGCAAACCCAACCAACGCAAUGGCCGGCCCAAACCUCGAAGUCUUCAAGUUCGGCAUGUACAUCCUCUUCCCAAUCGGCAUAAUGUACUACUUCGGCACGAACCUCGACGGCAAAUUCUCAGUCCCCGACUUCUGGCCGAAGGACGGCCAGACGCAUAAGAUUCCGUAUGAGCGCGAGGAGAUUAAGAAGGAGCUGGAGAGGCUGAAGGCGCGGAAUCUAGAGGUGAAGAGGCAGAGGGAUGCGGAGGAGGCGAGGAUGAGGGAGGUGGUGGAGAGGAGGGAUCAAUAAAGAGACAGCGACAGACGUUUGCGCGGCGGAGAUCACCUCAUCUUGGAAGCUGUCGGACGUCACACCGAUAUAUCGCAACUCAGCAUGGAAGGCGUUUCGGUGGGGAAUAGUGCCACUGGGGUUAUGUACAUUGUACAAUGCUGUAUCAUACAUCUAUAUGCGAACAGGAGGGGAAUCACACGGCCACUUUACUCUGC